AGAUCUUUCUAAAUAGGAAACAGCCUAGAGUGCUUGAGCUACAGGAACUGGGUCCAGCCCUCGAGGGACCUGUGCCCUGACCCUCCCCAGUGGCCUUCUUUCUAUCAGCUGUUUCUGCUGCCGCAGUAGAUACUUUCAGGUGCAAUUUCCUGCAAGGUGGGGCACCCAUCUCAGGCAGGUUUUGUGCACCCCACUGACUACUCCACAGGGCCCUCGCUGCCGGUGGCCUCAGGAUGAAAGUGGAGACUCCUGUGAACAGCACAAUGAGUACUGAGCAAUCCCACAAGAUGGUGGAACAGCUUAAGAGUGAAGCCACCUUGUGCCAGAUAAAGGUGUUCAAGGCAGCAGCAGACUUGAUGGCUUACUGUGAUGCCCACUCCUGCGAGGAUCCCCUCAUCACCCCUGUGCCCACUUUGGAGAACCUCUUCUGGGAGAAGAAGUUCUUCUGUGCCCUCCUUUGAAUUGCUCUGUCCCUCCCCACAAGCUCUUCACCUUUCCCUCUCCUAGGC